AUGAUUAUAUCUAUAUCUAUCUAUAUACAUAUCAUCUAUCAUAUUCUAUUUAUCUAUCUAUCUAUCUAUAUAUAUCUAUAUAUAUAUAUAUAUAUAUAUCUAUCUAUCUAUCUAUAUCUUGUGAUUGCAAAAUUAUUUGAAACAUUUUCUUUCUGCCUUGCUCGUUUGUCUUUCUGCCUUGCUCGUUUGUCUUUCUGCCUUGCUCGUUUGUCUUUCUGCCUUGCUCGUUUGUCUUUCUGCCUUGCUCGUUUGUCUUUCUGCCUUGCUCGUUUGUCUUUCUGCCUUGCUCGUUUGUCUCUUGUUUGUCUUUCGUUUGCUUUUGCUUGUUUGUCUUUUGCCUUGCUCGUUUGCGCUUGUCUUUCUGCCUUGCUCGUUUGUCUUCUGCCUUGCUCGUUUGUCUUUCUGCCUGCUUUCUUGCUUGCUCGUUUGUCUUUCUGCCUUCUCGUUUGUCUGCCUUGCUCGUUUGUCUCGCUUGUCUUUCUUCUGCCUUGCUCGUUUGUCUUUCUGCCUUGCUCUUGCUCGUUUGUCUUUCUGCCUUGCUCGUCUUUCUGCCUUGCUCUGCUUGCUCGUUUUCUCUUCUCUGCUCGUUUGUCUUUCUGCCUUGCUCGUUUGUCUUUCUGCCUUUCGUUUGUCUUUUUGUCUUUUGUCGUUUUCUUUCUGCCUUGCUUUCGUUUGUCUUUCGUUUGCCUUGCUCGUUUGUCUUUCUGCCUUGCUCGUUUGUCUUUCUGCCUUGCUCGUUUGUCUUUCUGCCUUGCUCGUUUGUCUUUCUGCCUUGCUCGUUUGUCUUUCUGCCUUGCUCGUUUGUCUUUCUGCCUUGCUCGUUUGUCUUUCUGCCUUGCUCGUUUGUCUUUCUGCCUUGCCUUCUCGUUUGUCUUUCUGCCUUGCUGCCUUUUCGUUUGUCUUUGUCUUUGCCUUGCUCGUUUGUCUUUCUUGCUCGCUUGUCUUUUCUGCCUUGCCUGCCUUUGCUCGCUUGUCUUUUGCCUGCUGCUUGUCUUUUGUUUGUCGUUUUUUUGCUCUCUCUUUUUGUCUUUCUGCCUUGCUCAUCUCUCCUCUUUUUGUAUUCUCUCUUGUCUCCCUGUCAUAUGUAAAGGAUGUAUGAUGUCUGGGGAGGAGCCAACAACAGAAGAACGAAACUCGCUGGAUGACUGGCCUGGGCAAAUGAUACACCAGGCAGCCAUCUACAACAACAGUGAAUUGAUGCAGUGCCUGUUGGAAGGAGAUGAGGUGGCAAAUAUUAACAAUGUUGAUGGCAUUGGACGGACAGCAGUCUACACAGCUGUAACCAAUCAGAGUAUGGAAUGUCUUAAGCAUCUCAUACGACAUGGAGCAAAUAUCAAUUUGCCAGGAGGUCCCAAAUGUCAAAAUAAUACUCCAUUGCAUAUAGCCGUAAAAGAGGGCCUCUAUGACAUGGUGGUUAUGCUGCUGGAAGCUGGGGCUGAGAUAAAUAAUCUUGAUAAAUUCAAUAUGACCCCUCUGAAGGUUGCUGAAUUGAAAGGAGAUCUAAGCAUCUAUAAUUGCCUUAAUGAAGAAAAAGCUAAAAGAGAUGCUCAAUGGAAAUCUUUAGCUGAAGAUUUUCUUGUUGCUUGUCGUCGUGGUGAUGUAUCCAUGGCUAAGAGACUUCGAGAUGAGCUGGGUUCUAGAGCAGAAACUGUCAUUGAUGCUUUGCAGUACAAUAAGGCUUUGUCACAUAAGUCAGUCUUUGUUGCUACUCUCCUUUUCUUGGCCAAUAUAACUGUUGUCUUUACCCCUCCCCUCCCCUGGCCAGUGCUGCGUUUGUCCUCCUCCCCUGGCCAGUAUGGCCUUUGUCCACCUCUCCUCCCCUGGCCAGUAUGGCCUUUGUCCCCCUGGCCCCCGCUCCCCUGGCCAGUAUGGCCUUGUCCCCGCCUCCCCUGGCCAGUAUGGCCUCUGUCCCCGCUCCCCUGGCCAGUGCGGGCGUCUGUCCCCGCUCCCCUGGCCAGUGCGGCGCUCCCCUGUCCCGCUCCUGGCCAGUGCGCGGCGUCUGUCCCCGCUCCCCUGGCCAGUGCGGCGUCUGUCCCCGCUCCCCUGGCCAGUGCGGCGUCUGUCCCCGCUCCCCUGGCCAGUGCGGCGUCUGUCCCCGCUCCCCUGGCCAGUGCGGCGUCUGUCCCCGCUCCCCUGGCCAGUGCGGCGUCUGUCCCUGCUCCUAGUCAAUCAGUGUAUUUGUUUGCCUUUCUGGCUAUUCUGUUUUUUGCUGAUGUCCCUCUCCAUGUUUGUAAAGCUGGAGAGAAGGACUUAGUUCGUAUUUUGCUGACAGUUGAUUUGGAGACGGACUGUACAAGUUUUGGAGAAAAGUCUCCUUUGCACCUAGUCUGUGAACAUGGACAUUUAGAAGUGGCUCUUCUUUUGCUAGAGAAGUGUUCAGAGCAUGUUGCAACACGAUGCCCAACGGGGAAAUUGGCAUUACACUAUGCUGCGAUUAAUGGCCAACUAGACAUUGUGGCUUUACUCUUUGAGUUUCCAUAUCCUGAUCAUGUUUUAAUGGAAAUGAGUCACAAGUUUGGUUGCAUUAAACAACAUUUCCAUCAUGCUUUUGAUCCUAACACUCUGGAUUUUGAUUCCAAGUCUGCUCUUUAUUAUGCGUGUGAAAAUGGACACUAUAAUGUUGUCAAGUACAUGCUGCACAGGCAAGUUAUGGCAUGCCGGACCUGUGAGCCUCUGCCUCAGAUACAAAUUAACUCCCGGAAGGAUUCUGAGACUGUGAUGACAAUGAGUCAGAUUCCGUCCAUGAUUCAUGUAUGCAAACCUUUCACCAGCAAUGGUCUUAGUCCCCUGCAUGUGUCUGUUCUGCAUAAUUUUGAAGAGAUUGUGAGCAUUUUGCUGGAGACCGGUGCCAGUACAGAUGCACAGCCAGAUCCCAAUGAAAUGACCUUUGCAUUAAAAACAGCCUGCGACCAUGGCUUCAUUCAUCUAAUGGAUCUGUUACUGCAAUAUGGUGCCAAGGAUGAUCGCAACCAUAUUUUGCUUGCAGCGGAAAUCUCACAUGAUGUUGACAUGCUGGCCGUUAUUCUGAAAUACAAAACUGUUGCAGACCCACAUUGCCAUGUUGACAGGGCUCGAGUCAGGCAAAAAGUUGCUGAGUUAUCUUUGAUAUCUGAGGUUGGCAGUGAGGAAAGCUUUACCUCAACAGAUCUAGAAGGACAUCAGAACUACCCAAUGACUGCCGUGUCUCUCUGUUGGCAGGACCUUCGCAUAUUAACCUAUGUUCACAUGUCGUGGUUGGUCUCUGCUUCCCUGUUCCACAACCCCCAUCUCAAUAGCAGUCAGUCCCAGUUAAGCUUAUGCUCAAUAACCCGCAUAAAUCUUGAACAUAACCGGCUGCAACAAUUUCCACCUGUUCUGUUUGAGUUGACUUCUCUUUGCUACUUGGAUGUUUCCCACAAUGAUAUUGGGUCGUUUCCUGCGGACAACCUGGUGUCAGCUGAUAAACUGUGGCCAAAUUUGGUCAAACUGGACAUUAGCUACAAUAGGCUUUUCACAUUCCCUGGUUAUAUUUUUCAUCUGCCAGUGUUAUUUUAUUUGAAUGCUUCUCACAACUGUUUGGAGAGUAUUCCUGAGGACUUUUGGUUUUCAACUCAUCUGGAGAAUGUGAAUUUCUCUAACAACAACCUACGUUCAUUUGUGUGUCCUGCUUCUCGAAGUUUACAGACUGCCUCCAGCCGAAAGAAAGGCUCAACCCAAAGUGUAAGUGGGGGCAGUGUGUCUAGUGUUAGCAGCUCAGACGUAUUUAUUCUCUCGCAUAGUGAGAGCCAGAACCUAGAUGAUUAUGAGGAAUCUACAUUUUCAUAUGGCAUGAAGAUGGACGUCCAGCACUUUGUCUAUUGGCACACCUGUUUACAGGUGAGCACAGAAAAUGUGGCACCAACAGGUGAUGAAAACAACCGACGCUUAGGCCUCAAAGUACUUAAUUUGUCAGGUAACUAUUUAAAGGAAGUCCCUGAUGGAUUACCAUGUUACUUCCCUAAUUUAGAUCAACUUAAUUUAUCACAGAAUGAUAUUUACAGCUGGGGAAGCCUCAGCCAUUACCCACCAAUGCUUCGAGAACUAGAUCUCAGCCAUAAUAUGUUGAUUAACAUGACUGACAAGUUGCCGUCAUCUCUUGGCACAUCAGAGUCUUCAACGUGCUAUAAUACUAAACAGACAUCAACUAGCAUUUGGAGACAUUGUGCGACACCAUCGUUUAGUUCCUACAUCCAGGAUCUGAAUGCCUGCCCUCAUCGGCAGCACCGAAUUCUUGUUAAUCUACAGAUGCUUAAUUUAUCUUACAAUCGUCUUUCAUCAGUGACUUUCCUACAACCUCAUAAUUUCUUGACGACAGGUGGAUCUUCUUCCCAAUCCCGAAACUCUGGCAGCCUUGAGAACACUUACGGCAGCUCAUCCUCACCUGGAAUUCCACUGUUGCCAGUUGUGAUAUUUCCUAACUUGACCACUCUGGACAUCAGCAACAACAGAUUGUCUAAUCUGACAAAAGAUAUUGGUCAGGUAUCCCAACUGAAGAUGCUCAACUUGAGUGGCAAUGAAAUAAGAGAACUUCCACCUGAAAUGGGUUUACUGAAACGUUUGUGGAAAUUAGACCUUGACCAUUGUCCACUCGAAGGAGCUGUGCAUGAUUUAAUGUUGCAGAAUCGGUCAGCUGUUGAGAUCACUGGUUUUCUGAAUUCUGUUCUUGAAGCGGAGUGUGAAUAUAGCUGCUUAAACCUGAUGCUUGUUGGCACCCAUAAUGUUGGAAAAACCUCACUGCUAAUGCAGCUUCGCAAACUUUGCAAGGUCCCCAAAGACAGUCGGCCAAAGCAUUGGGUUGAGCGAGUUGGAGGUGGCAGUCCUGCUAAGGGUAAACUUUUGUCCACAGUUGGAAUUGACAUGGAUGAAGUUAUCCUUGAUAAAUCUACCAAAGGUCCAAUCACAUUCCGGACGUGGGAUUUUGGAGGCCAGCGUGAAUAUUAUGCCACACAUCGAUAUUUCCUGCUGAAAAGAUCUCUGUACCUGGUCAUAUGGAAAAUUACUGAUGGUGAGGAAGGAGUUAAUGGAAUGUUACAGUGGCUGAUAAAUAUUCAGUCACAAGCUCCUGGUUCCUCUGUGAUAAUUAUUGGCACACAUCUUGACAUCCUGAAAAACCGUGCCACUCGUAACAGUUUUCCCAAAGACUUUGAAGAUGCAAUGAUGAAGUUGAUCAGUGAACGUUACAUGGUACCAGAACCAGACAAGUGUGGUCUACCCAAUGUCAUUGAUGCUUGGAAUGUGAGUAACAUCACGGGAAAUAAUGUGAAAAAGUUGCUGCAGCGAAUUUACGAUCAAGCUUUUGCCCUGAGACAUCCACGAAGCAAAAGAACUCUUCUACUAAAACAGAAAAUUCCCAAAAAAUAUUUGUACCUUCAAGAAAUUGUUCAAGAAAUUGCUGAUGAAAAAAAAGCCAGAGGUGAAGACCCAGUUCUCAGUCGAGAGCUUUACAAGAUUCAGGUUAUGAAUAAAAUGAUGGAACGCAUUGGAACGUCAUUCAGGGAUGUUGCAGAAUUGGAUCAGGCGACCCAUUUCCUUCAUGAAAAUGGUGUCUUGUGUCACUAUGAAGAUGUCAACCUGUCUGACACUUAUUUCCUUGACCCUCAAUGGCUGUGUGACCAAUUAGCUAAGGUAGUCACUAUCCGGGAGGUCAAUAAGUUUGCUAUCAAUGGUGUAAUGUAUAUGAAAGACCUUGGGCUGCUCUACAAGAGCCUCACACGUACAAAUCAUUCUGGAUCACAAGGUUAUAUGUUGGAUCUACUCAGCAAGUUUGAGUUAGCUUUACAGUUUGACAAGGACAAGCUUUUGGUACCAUCAUUAUUACCAGCUGUGCCUUGCGAGAAACAAGUUCGGGUAAAGCUAAAGGUAGAAGACGAGGACAGUGAUGAAAGCAGAUCACUUUCAGGAUCAAAUGAGGUUGAUAUGGACACUGUCCACUAUUUUGGCAAUGCCACCUUUUAUUUAUUUGCUGAAGAGUCAACAGAAAGGAAAGAACGAGCUCGUUCCUUCACAGAAGGAGACAUGAAGAAACUGUCUGCUGAGGCUGUGCCUGUAACCUGGGAGAGAUGCCAAUUCGAACCAAUUUACUCUAUGUGUCGCCUCUAUCAACUUAUGUACUUUCCGAGUGGUUUCUGGCCACAGGUUAUUACAAGACUCUUGGCAGACAAGCGUAUUUACCCAAUUGCAAAGAACUUAUUUGAAAUUGAAAACUGCUGUGCCAAGUGCAAAGUGUCACUUGAUAAGGUUUUGGUGGACAAAAUUAAGUGGCGAUGUUGGCAAAAGCAGAUUGAGCUCGUCUAUGGCAAUCAUGUGAUUCUUAGUGUCAAGGAAGCGGGGCCAGACUCACCCAGCGUUAUGUGCGACUUCUCCCACUGCUCAGUCCUGUGUCAUAUGGGCCAACGGUGGGAGAUGCUUGACCUGCGCCAGGCGUCUGUUCUUGAGCUCUGUUUCCCAACCAACCGCUAUGUCCUUAACUACUACCACUUGCCGCAAAGUGUGAUCAAUGGAAGCCCUGUGGUCCAAGUGAAAAAUCCUCACUUGCAUUCAGCAAGGAAGACUGGAAAUACACAAGAAAGCAGUACAGAUAAAAACUGCCAUUUUUGUGGUAACCAAACUCCUUCGCAAGUGACAAUUGUUCGAAAAGAGAAAGCAUCCAGUAAGCUUCUUGCUCGUGUGAUUGAACAUGUGGACAAUCUGCUGCAAGACUGGUACCCAGAACUUGGGGAGCAGCGUUUCAUCCAGAACAUCCAUGGUCAGUAUUUGGUCAGUCGGCUUGUCCCGUGUCUGUGCUGCUUGACCGCCAUUCAUCACAACCAGCAGAAGAACUCUGAAACAGAUAAAGAAAGCUGGGUUUUAGUCAACAACUUGGUGUGUGAAUCGGAACUUUCUCUUAGCAUUGAGAAUUCUGUUGAAGAAAAAUCAAAAGACAGUUCACAAUCAUCGCUGGUAAAUUCAACUUUACACUGCUUUUUGGUGGAAGAGUGUAUGCUGAAUGUUUUAGACCAGAAACCAGAAGUGUGCCCAGUCCAUGGGAACCUGUCUCAAUAUUGGGUUGCCUCUGAACAUGAACUUCAUAAACUUUACUUAGCACCAGAAAUUGUAUUUCGGGACAUUGAUGAUUCUCUACUAUUGGCUGCUGACCAAAUUACACAAGUUGAAAGCUUGGGAAAAGGUGCCUUUGGUGUUGUCUGCCGAGGAUUCUUGCAUAGAGAAUUUAUAUUUCAGAAUAUGCCUGUUGUACCAUGUGCAAUUAAAAAUCUCUCGGAUAACAGCCAGCAGACUGCGACCAUUGACCACCGCAUGUUUGCUGCUGUACAUGCCUAUACUGCAGCACGACAAGAGAUUGAGAUCUUACAAUCAUUGCGCCAUCCUAAUAUAGUAGAGCUUCUUGGUAUUGUGGUGCAUCCCAUGGCAUUGGUUCUGGCUCUUGCUCCACAUGGUUCCCUUAACACCAUUUUGAAAGUUUACAGAGACAAACAGGAUAUGUUGCCAGUGUUUGCUGUCAAAUGUGUCAUCAGUCAGAUUGCUUCAGCUCUCUCCUACCUCCAUUCCAAAGGAAUCAUUUAUCGUGAUCUCAAAUCUGAAAAUGUUCUUGUUUGGUCAUUUCCUUAUCCCUUGAUGACAAAACCAGAAUUCCAUGUUGAUGUCCGGCUUGCAGAUUAUGGCAUCAGCCGGAUGUCCUUACCAACAGGUACGAAAGGCUUUGGUGGGACCCCUCCAUUUAUAGCACCUGAGAUAUUGCAACAUGCAGGGAAGGACAUCUAUACUGAUAAGGUUGAUAGUUUUUCAUUUGGAAUGUUUAUUUAUGAACUGGUUACUUGCAAGCCACCAUUAUGGGGAGAAUCUCACGUCAAUAACUUUAUCUGCCAGGGAGGAAGACCCAAAAUAACACUUGAGGAAUCAGAAUGCCCUUCCCAUUUUCUUGAUUUGAUGACACUUUGCUGGUCACAAGAACCCAAAGAUCGGCCAUCGAUGGAGGACAUCAUCACCUUGGCCAGUUACCCAGAGUUUUCACAUUUUAUGGAUGCUAUUUCGCUGGAGGCUGCAGUUGUUGUCCUGGCUUCAUGUGUUUUUUUCUAUAACAACACUGAAACGUCAGUCUAUGAAAAUCUUCGUGAUGUGGAUGGAUCGUACACACAGCUGUGGUUGAGUACACGCCUUGCUGAUAAAAACAUGGUUGAAGUUUAUAUUUUCUACAGAAACAAGUGUGUUGAGAGUAAGGUAAGUCAGUAA